GAGAGAGGCAUGCUUCCUCAGACCAGGUAACAUUACAUUUGCUACAUUUCCAGAUUCCAGCACCAACUCACCAGCAAAGAUUUUACCAAAAACUUUAGGACCAAUAAAUGUGAAUGUUGGACCCCAAAUGAUUAUAAGCACACCGCAGAGACUAACCACUUCAGGAAGUGUUCUGAUCGGGAGUCCUUAUACCCCUGCACCAGCAAUGGUUACUCAGACUCACAUUGCCGAAAGCACUGGUUGGGUCCCAGGUGAUAGAAAACGGGCUAGAGAAUUUAUAGACUCUGGUUUUUCAGAAAGUAAACGAAGCAAAAAAGGAGAUAAAAAUGGGAAAGGCUUGAGACAUUUUUCGAUGAAAGUAUGUGAGAAAGUUCAGCGGAAAGGAACCACAUCAUAUAACGAAGUGGCUGAUGAGCUGGUGUCCGAGUUCACCAAUGCAAAUAACCAUUUGGCUGCUGAUUCGCAGGCUUAUGAUCAGAAGAAUAUUAGACGAAGAGUUUAUGAUGCUUUAAAUGUGCUGAUGGCAAUGAACAUCAUUUCAAAGGAAAAAAAAGAAAUCAAGUGGAUUGGCCUGCCUACCAACUCGGCUCAGGAAUGUCAAAAUCUGGAGAUAGAGAAGCAGAGGCGAAUAGAACGGAUAAAGCAGAAGCGAAUCCAGCUGCAAGAACUUCUCCUGCAGCAAAUAGCUUUCAAAAACCUGGUGCAGAGGAAUCGGCAAAACGAGCUGGAGAACCAGGGCCCCCCAGCUCAGAACUCCACCAUUCAGCUGCCCUUUAUCAUUGUCAGUACAAGCAGGAAAACCGUCAUCGAUUGCAGCAUUUCCAGUGACAAGUUUGAAUACCUUUUUAACUUCGACAACACUUUUGAGAUCCAUGAUGAUGUAGAAGUACUGAAGCGCAUGGGAAUGUCCUUUGGCCUGGAGUCAGGCACGUGCUCCCUGGAAGACCUGAAACUUGCCAAAUCAUUGGUCCCAAAGGCUCUGGAAGGUUAUGUCACAGAUAUCUCCACAGGACCUUCUUGGUUAAAUCAGGGACUCCUUUUCAACUCUACCCAAUCAGUUUCAAAUUUCGAGCUGACCACUGGUGCCACCUUAUGCCCAUCAAGUGUAAACCAAGGGUUGUGCUUGGAUGCUGAAGUGGCCUUAGCAACCGGGCAGUUCCUGGCCCCCAAUAGUCACCAGUCCAGCAGCGUAGCGUCCCACUGCUCCGACUCCCGAGGUGAGACCCCCUGCUCUUUCAAUGAUGAGGAUGACGAAGAGGAUGAAGAGGAUUCCUCCUCCCCAGAAUAAAAAAACAAGAGAAAAAGCUCCUCUUUUACUAUUUGAUGCUCAUGUGUGUUUGUAGUGUGAGCUCUUCUUGUUGACAUGAUUGCUCCAGUCUUUGCCUUUGUUUGCACUGUGUGUUCAGUGACAAGUUGAGAAACACAAAGAGCAAAUUACAAGAAGGCUCAUCAGGUGAGUGAGAUUGAAACAUGGUGUGAAUGAAA